AAUCUAUCUGUGGGAGACCACCAGUUAUCUGCCAAUGCUUGAUUGUUUGUCAGUGGUGAUGUUUGAGCUUUGGAUCGAUGCUAGAUGUUCGCAUUGCACCUGAAAGAAAUCUGAUCUGUUUUUCCUAAGAAGCUUCUCAUGAGCUAGCUCUCAUCUCUUUAUCUCUUUGCAUUGGUUCUAUCUUUCUCCAUUCUGAGAGCUCAGAUCUGAAGGUUGCUGUACUUCAACAAAAUGUUUAAUGUUUUUUUGCAACAUGCUGUAUGCCUAAUUAAGAGGCUGGAAGACAGAUUUUCAAAAACAAACAAAGGAUGGGUCUGAAACACUCACCACUUCUGAAGAGAUUUAUGUGACGACGAGUCGCCAUGGAGUGCUGUCUGUUCCAAGCACUGUACAUGAUCUGUGGGUAAGAGCAGGGAAAAAAGGUGAACCAUGGAUGGACACCAGGCUGGAAACUCCACCCUCAGUGCCAACACAUCAGAUGCCCACCUGGUUACGCACAGCCUCUGGGAGGUCAUCACCAUAGCAACUGUGUCGGCCAUAGUGAGCCUGAUCACAAUCACUGGGAAUGUACUUGUUAUGCUGUCCUUCAAAGUCAACAGUCAGCUGAAGACUGUCAAUAACUACUACCUGCUGAGCUUGGCUUUUGCUGAUCUCAUCAUUGGUGUGUUUUCAAUGAAUUUAUAUACUUCCUACAUACUAAUGGGCUACUGGUCACUAGGCAGCAUAGCAUGUGACCUGUGGUUGGCUCUGGACUAUGUGGCUAGCAAUGCCUCUGUAAUGAACCUGCUGGUGAUCAGCUUUGACCGCUACUUCUCCAUUACAAGACCCUUGACCUACAGAGCCAAGCGCACGCCCAAACGUGCUGGCAUCAUGAUAGGCCUGGCUUGGCUUGUGUCCUUCAUCCUGUGGGCACCUCCAAUUCUUUGCUGGCAGUACUUCGUGGGCAAGAGGACAGUACCUGAGAGGCAGUGUCAAAUUCAGUUCUUCUCAGAGCCUAUAAUAACCUUCGGGACAGCCAUUGCUGCAUUCUACAUUCCUGUCUCAGUCAUGACCAUCUUAUACUGUCGGAUAUAUAAAGAGACGGAGAAACGCACUAAAGACCUGGCAGAGCUCCAGGGUGCUAACCCUUCUACAGAUGCUGAUAAUAAAGCCCAGCCUCAGAGGGGCAUCAUCAGGUCCUGCUUUAGUGACACCUCUAGAGAGCAGAACCAGGUGUCCUGGUCAUCGUGCAGCCGUGGCGGUGCCAGCAACCCCUCAUCCAUCUCCACUGGUAUCUGGUCCAAGGCUGAGCAGCCCGGCACACUCACCAGCUACGCAUCCUCUGACGAGGAGGAGGAACGGCCACCGUCACCCAGCCAUGUGCCAGCAUACAGGAACCACAUAGGUGGUGGGAGCAAGACACCACCAUCCGAUGACGGAGAGCGGCUGAGCACGCGUGAAGGUGAGACCUUCUUCCCUUCGCCGGCCAAGGCUGGAUCACACAAGGGCAGGAAGGGUGUCUCUUACAAGUUCCGGGCUGUGGCAAAGGAAGGUGACACACUACAGACCAGGAACGGUGAGCCCGGCACCGGUGGCUCAUCCUUCUCCUCUGCUGAGUCCAUGAGCACACCAUCAGCAGCCUCAUCGGCUAAGCCCGCCGAUGCAGCACUUAAGAGUCAGAUCACCAAGCGCAAGAGGAUGGUCCUGAUCAAAGAAAGGAAGGCGGCCCAAACCCUCAGCGCCAUCUUGCUGGCCUUCAUCCUCACCUGGACUCCUUACAACAUCAUGGUUCUUGUCUCCACAUUCUGCUCUGACUGUAUCCCGCUGUCCUUGUGGCACCUGGGCUACUGGCUGUGCUACGUCAACAGCACAGUCAACCCAAUGUGCUACGCGCUUUGCAACAAAACCUUCCAAAAGACCUUCAGGAUGCUUCUCCUCUGCCAUUGGAAGAAGAAGAGGGUGGAAGAGAAGCUUUACUGGCAUGGGCAAAACCCUGCCGUAGGCAGUAAGUUAACAUAAGUGCAUCUGAACAAAAUGAAGCAUUCAUUUGUUAUAUUGUUUCUCUCUCUCAAAUAUAGAGAUGGGACUUGUUUACAUCCAGACAUUUUAAGUCACCACUACUGGCAUUAUGAAUGAAUAUGAGAAUACAACCAUAAUAUGACCACAUGCUUUCCAGUGUUGUUUUCAAGCAUAUGAAGGUUUCAUGGUUUCCCACAUUCCAUGUCCCACUGGUAAACUAAUGAAAUUCAAAAGUGAUAAAUUGGAAUUUUUUUUAUUGUUGCAGGUGAGGUGAAUCUGUGCAUUAGUAAAAGAACAAAUAUGUAAGCAUAACUCGUGGUCAAUAAUUUGUAAUUGUCAUGCUGAUAUUUAUGUUUGCUGCAAUGUUAGUCUUAAGGGCUAUUAUUGUUUUUGCUAUUAUAAUUUCAGUUGAAUAUAUAAAAAAUGGUUCAUCAAGAUUGUUUGUAUCCAUCAAAUGCCUUCACUGCUUUUUACAUUUAUAAGGCAAGAAAACAAGAAAUAAGACCUACAAGCUCAGAAAAGGCAAAAAAUAUUGACUUUUUAUAGUGGACAAGGGUUGUUUUGUAAUCCCAUCUUCUAGGGCAGUUUAAAAAUCAUAGGUUGUACUCUUUUAACUCACAUGUUAAUGUAACUAACCAGGACAACAUUCAUAAUAAUAAACAUACCAUGAAAGACCAUAAUAUAAAUUAUGUGAUGAUACAGGUGACACUGGAGGUGCAGAAACUUCCAUGGCCAACAAUUUUAUGUACAGAAGAUCUUAUUUGCUGUUUUGUUUAUGUGUAAUUUGUGAUUGUAACUCUGUAUGUCAUUAUUUAAAAA